AUGAUGCAAAGCUCAGCACUCACUACAGAAGGUUCUGUCAAGGGGCUUCCAGAGAUUCUUGGUGUGCCAAUGCAACAGAUUCCCCAGUGCGCUGGCUGCAACCAGCACAUCCUGGAUAAGUUCAUCCUGAAAGUCCUCGACAGGCACUGGCACAGCUCCUGCCUCAAGUGCGCGGACUGCCAGAUGCAGCUAGUGGACAGGUGCUUCUCCAGAGCCGGGAGCGUCUACUGUAAGGAAGACUUCUUCAAGCGUUUUGGUACGAAAUGCACAGCCUGUCAGCAAGGAAUCCCUCCUACCCAGGUGGUCCGGAAAGCCCAGGACUUUGUCUAUCACCUGCACUGCUUUGCCUGUAUCAUCUGCAACCGCCAGCUGGCCACAGGCGAUGAAUUCUACCUCAUGGAAGAUGGGCGCCUGGUGUGCAAGGAGGACUACGAGACAGCCAAGCAGAACGAUGAUUCAGAAGCUGGAGCCAAGAGGCCACGAACCACCAUCACAGCCAAACAGUUGGAAACGUUAAAAAAUGCCUAUAAAAACUCCCCCAAACCCGCCAGGCACGUGCGGGAGCAGCUGUCCUCGGAGACAGGGCUGGACAUGAGGGUGGUGCAGGUCUGGUUUCAAAACAGGCGGGCCAAAGAAAAACGGCUGAAGAAGGAUGCUGGGCGGCACCGCUGGGGCCAGUUCUACAAGAGCGUGAAGAGGACCCGCGGGGGCAGCAAACACGAGAAGGAGAGCUCUGCGGAGGACUGUGGGGUUAGUGACAGUGAGCUGAGCUUCCGAGAAGAUCAGAUCCUCUCUGAGCUUGGCCACACCAAUAGAAUUUACAGCAAUGUUGGGGAUGUUGCUAGUGGACAGUUAAUGAACGGAAGCUACUCCAUGGAUGGGACAGGACAAUCUUACCAGGACUUGAGGGAUGGAAGCCCCUAUGGAAUUCCUCAGUCUCCAUCUUCCAUAUCGUCCCUUCCUGCCCAUACUCCAUUGCUCAAUGGUCUGGAUUACACAAUGGACACUAAUUUGGGAAUUAUAGCACAUGGAGGGCAGGGGGUGAGCCAGACACUCAGAGCAAUGGCUGGGGGACCAACCUCUGAUAUUUCUACAGGAAGCAGUGUAGGCUAUCCAGACUUUCCAACAAGUCCUGCUUCUUGGCUUGAUGAAAUGGAUCAUCCUCCUUUUUAA